AAGAGACAUGAACAUUCCGACUCCUCUCAUUGGACAUGUCAACACAUGUGUUGACAACCUUGGAACCUAUCAUCUCAACAUCUGUUCUCGUCCAGGAAGUAAAGAAAGCUCUCAACAUAUGCACAAACAUCCGUCCACAGCAGACCUCCUUGCCGCAUCUGAGUUCUCGCCUUGAAAGAAGCUCACCCCUUUGCUACAUCAACAAGGUCAAGCUAGGGAGCUGGGCACGACACGCAUUACUCAUUCCGGUGCCGAUAUCACCAGUAUUGACCCUUCACGGUUGCAAUUCUGCAUAGGAAGAUCAAUGCAACAGGACCCUUGCAAGGAGUGACCUUGUCCUAAACCUUAUCCUUUGAACCUUUGAACCCUACACAUCACCUGCAUAAUGCCCACUUCCCCCGCAACCAGCCCGGUUCCUCCACCUGUGUUCAUGCCUCAAUUCUCCAGCACCUCGCCGGCUCCAACUCCUGUACCGAUGCCUCCUGCGAAAGAAAAGUCGGCUUCAAAGCCUAGUAAAGAUGAUGGUUCCAUUCCGGCGAUCAAAUUCCCUCUACCCAAGUUACGCCUCGAGUUACGGGAUCUCAAUCAUGCAGGAUCGCAUACUUUCUUGACCGCCGUUAUAGCGGACGAAGCUCUACAGACGGCAGUUCAAAGCGUUCUUACGCUACUAUAUGAGUCCCCCAAUUGUCCUACCACAACUCCGACUCCAACUCGAUCGGUGACCCUCAUCCUCCGUUCCAUGGAAGGUGUGGCAUAUACAACGGGUAGCGACCUUGACAAUGACCAUAAGGAGAUACAUUUAUCCCUAGAUUACAUACAGCACGAAUCAAUUAAGCCGGAGCGAAAGAAGCAUGAGAUCAUGGGUGUGUUGACUCAUGAAAUGGUGCAUUGCUACCAGUACAAUGGAUUCAAUACUUGCCCUGGUGGCUUGGUUGAAGGAAUUGCAGACUGGGUUCGAUUGAACGCCAAUUUGAGUCCACCUCAUUGGAAGAGAGAGGCCAGUGGGAAAUGGGAUGCAGGUUACCAACACACCGGCUACUUUCUUGAAUAUCUGGAACAGAGAUUCGGCAAAGGCACUGUAAGGAGGGUGAACGAAAAAUUGAGAGUUGAGCGAUACGAAGAGAAACGAUUUUGGACUGAGCUUUGUGGAAGGCCGGUAGAACAACUCUGGAAAGAUUAUUCAAAGUAUCUACAGGAAGAGGAGAGGAAAGCAGAAGAAGAAGAGUGUGUGAUUGUGGAAAAGGAAGAUGCUAUAACACCCAAACAGCCCAAGUGUGAAGGAGAUAAAGUGACGCUUGCCACAACAACAGAGGAAACGAAAGAUAACCCCACAAACACUGAGAAGCUUGAGUGAAUUUCAGGGACACUUUCUGAAACGAUAUAUCACAUUACGAAUCUUAAAAACAGUCCUUCUCCGUCAUUUCACCUGAUGCAUAUGGCAUGUUUCACAUCAAUAUUUAUCUCAAGUUGUUCAAGAUGAGCUUGUACAAUUCGAAAGGUGGUUGUCAAUCAAGAUUCCAGUUGCUCACAAGGUUCAAUCAUUGGCUAACAUAAAUUGUUAUAGAAGGACAGAAUAGCAUAGAGUGAGACUAUUUAUAUUAUGAUUAUACAUUACAUAUUUUUAUUACCUCCACAUUCUUGCAAUCUCCAACAUACUACAUCUUUCCCGUUUACUCCAUCUCUGCCCUGAAUACAUCAUCCGCCCAGAUGAUUUUGAUCUCAAUGGCUAUGGGUAGGAAACAAGAACUAAGAGUAUGCUCCGAAUCCAAAUCUACGACCGAAGACA